AGGAAGCUACACGAGCUCAGCCCGUAAUAAGAGAAAUACCCAAAGCUAUUCUGCUCUCAUUGCUUAGCAAAUCCCCAAGACGGCAAAGAAGAUGGAUCAUUAAAGGGUCAGCAGAAGCCCCAUUUGAACAGCCAUGUCAGGCCGAAGAUCCAAGAAAAACCAGAAACUUGGUUCGUCUCGACGAGGCAACAGAGGUCUCAGAGUUAAUGAGGAAAAAGAUAAUGAGUUUGAUGGGCCGGAUGAGGUUCACACCACCAACCCAUCUGAUGACACUGUUUUAGAAGCCCAGUUUGAUCAUCUGCCAUGCAUGGAAACUGAUAAUCAAACCACAGCCUUAGAAUGUUCUCCACGUGCAGAGUCAACAAUUCACAAGGCUUCAGAUGUGGAGGCCGAUCUGCCAGAAAGAAAACGAAAAAUAGGAUCAACGCGUAAGAAGGCUGGCGAGUUAAAAAAUCGGAGGAAUCUUGAACCAUGUGAUGAGGUGAGGACAAGUGAAGAGUUUGGUGAGGAACAAGAAAACCAACUAAACACAUCAACCACUGAAGAGGAACACACUUAUCAAACAAAAAAUGAGCAACAAACUCAGAGAUCUGGGUCAGGAGGGGAGCUUGGGGUUGCACAAAACAUUAUGGUUACUGUUUCACAAAGUAAAGAAACCGAUGCUAUACACCAUCAAGAGAUAUCCUCGUAUGGUCAGACUUCAAGACUUGAAGCAGGAAGCAAUAUGGCGAUGGAACAAUCUACAGCCCAAUCUAAUGUCGUCACAAUGUCUAGAACUGAGCAUGAAACCCUUUUGGUCAGCAGCGUACAAAAAAGAAAAAUGGGGUCGACUCGUAGGCCUCUUGGCGGCAAUAGAGAACAAAACAGAGAAAAUGUUGAGGUAGAAGAACUUUUUAGAAACACGACAGAUGAUGUAUGGAAAGCAGAAGUCAAAAGCAGUGAAGCAGAGUUCAGCAUUUUAGAGGAGAUGAUGCAAACGUGGGAUGAUGUGAAAAGAAUCAGUCCCACAAACACACCAUCCCACACAGAAUCAGCUUUAGUUUCAAAUCAACCUCUCUCAUCUGAAAGAACUGAAGAACUUGAUGUUUCAGUUGAAACUGAAACCAACAACCGAUCGGUUGCUUGUUCGGUUAUUGAUUCAACAAAACCACCAUCUGACAGAUUCGGCAAUCAUGAGAACUUAUUUCCCAAUAAAGAGUUGGUUUGUUUUAAAUUGGGUUUGGAGACAGACAAUCACGCUGAGGAUUUUAACGUGUUUCAAAAUGUGUCUGACUUACCCCCCACUCGGUCAGAGAAUUUUUUGGAAGAAGUGGGUGGUUUUAGUGAUACCUAUCAAGAUUUGCCCCAUUCAAGACAUAACACAUCAGAGGACUGCGGAUCUGUUACAUUAGUAGAAACUAAAGAGGAACCAUGUAGAAGUGAUCCAAAUAUCAUUAUUUCAUCAUCAAAACAAGAUACAGAAAUAGAUAAACUUCUGGUUAAUGUUGAGGAAACUCUUUCUUCACCCUGCCCUCUUGAUGUUGCUACAAAAUAUGGUAACUCUGAGAUUCCCACGGAUGAACUUACAGCGAAAGUCGGCAGGAUUUCUGAAACCCUUGAGUCUGAUAUCACCCAUUCUGAACCAACAAAGAUAGAAUCAACACCUAAGAUGACCGAUCCUGGGCCGGACAGGCAUGGUUUAGAGGAUGAGGAAAAAGAGACACUUAUGGAGGCAAUCACUUCAGGACAAGAGAUGAAAAUGGAGGAAGAGUAUACCCAAAGUGAAAGAUUGGAGCACAAAGAGGAAAAUAUGAAUAUACAAGCAACAGAUGACUUUGUUGAACAAGAAAUACAGUCGGACAUGCAGCAGGGAAAAACAAGGAAGGGUUUACAUUCAGCCAAUGAGACAAAUGUAAGUGACUCAUCUCUUAGUUCUGCAAACUGUAAUCUGGCAAAUGUAUCACCUGUAACAGAGCAUUUACAUAAUGUCAAUAUGAACUUCAGUAGUCUGAUGCCUGAAGACUCUAAAUUGUCUGGUGGUGUCAUGGUCGAGACUGUGGUUUCUUCUGGAUUAAAUGAUCUUAUUAUAAAUAAUCAAGUGUCACAUGUGAUUGUUCCGGAGGCAGAAAAUCGAGAUAUUUAUGUGGAAAUUAAAGAAGGAAAUGAUAUUGAUGUUCUCGAAAGAUCAAUAACAUGUGACGUUACUGUGACUGAAAAUGUCUUGGAUGUAGAGAAUUUUACAGAACAAAGUGUAGAUCCUCAAACUUUAGCUACAAGGGAAAAUGAGAAUGUGGGUACUAAAACAGGAUCUGAAACAGAUGCACUUGAAAUAAAAGACCAGGACAAUGUCGAAAAUAAUGCCAAAGAUGACAUGAUAAUGCAAAUACUUAAGAAUAAAACAGAGAAUGAAGAAGAUGAGGGAGAUACCAAAGAUCGGGAAAAACAGCCUGGAUCUCAAAUACAAGGGAGUCCAUCACGGGUAGAUCCUGACAAAGAAAGCUAUGACUUCUUUCAAGAUACAUCUGUGGAAAAUGCAGAAGAGAGUCUUCUAAAUGCAAAAUCAGAGUCAGCUUUUGAUAGAGAAGGUAAGACCUGUGAAAAAUACAAAAUGAUUGAAGAAUCAGGAGGCCAUGAGAAGAUGGAUGCAUCAGCUGUCUCAAUGAUAGGUGUGACAGAACCCCUUGCAAACAUUCCGGAUAAUGAUAUCAGAUCGGAUUUACAGCCGGAAGAGCAUUCCUCGCAUAUUAACUUUGAAGGGUUGAUGCAAGAUGCUGUUACUGAAAGUUCGCUGGAGUCAAGUGCAGUUCCUGAGCAAACUGAACUCAGCAUAAUCCCAGAAGAUUCUCAAGGAGUACAGAAAAAGGACGGAGCUAGUGAAGGAGUGGCAGAGAAGGACAGAGGACUAGAAUUUCAAGAGCAGAAUAAUGUGAUGGAUCAGAACAUAAAACAAACUAUGAUGGUUUUAAAAGGCGACGAACAUGAGAUGACAAAGAAAGUGCGAAGGUCCACAGAACAGUGUGAUGAUGAGGCUGAUAAAGCAGAGGGACAUGCAGAGAUAACAUCAGAACAACAGCAAAGAUCUUCAUUGAAUAUUUCUCAGAAACAAGAUGGUCCACCACACGAUGAUUCUGAAAACAUGUUUGAAAGUGAAACAGAAGAGAUGUUUCUCAGGGCAAACACUGUACAUGCAGCUUUUGAAAGGAUGAUUGAGACAAAUGAUGAAAGCAAAGAGAUUGAGGAAGACUUCAAAGAAAUAGAAGCAGCAGAACAUUUAACCAACGUGAACAUUCAGGAUAAUGCCAAUAAGUCAGAUUUACAGACAGAAAACCCAGAGCAAAACAAAGUAUUAACAGAAGGGCCUCAUAUAAAUCUGGAAGAACUUCAAGAAAGCACACAUGCUAAGAACGUGACUGAUGUGACUGAUUCUGGUCUCUCCUUUGAAGAUCCAGGAGAGUCAUACAUGGAACUUGAAAACAUCAAUGAGAUCCUAGAAGAUUUCCAGAAAGAGGAGAAACAAUCAACAAUUAAGCCACUUGUUCACAAGCGAAAAAUGAGAGGAAACAAAAGGCAACGAAAAGACAGAGAACAAGAUGAUGACAGUGAAACACUUAACAAUGAGGAGAAAGAAGAGGAGAGAGAGAAAAGUGGGGGAAAAGAUACCGGUCCUGUUGAAGAGUUGGACUCAACCAUCAUUCAGUCGUCAUGUAAUGCUGAGAAAUCCACUGAAGAGAGUAGCUGUGAUAUCACAGAAUCACAAACUACCACAAAAUGUCAUGGAGAGUCUCAGGAAAAUGCUGGAGAUAUUGAAAGUUUACCAACAGGGGGAGACACAGAAGCACAUUUGGAAAUUCAAACAGACAUUGGCAUGCUUGACUCAACAAUGAAUAAAGAAGGAACAGAAGAAAACAUCUGUGAUGAUGAUGUUCUCAUGAGACAAGUCGUGUUUGUUGGAGAUACAGUUACAGAAGAGAGUAAUAUGACUAUUGAGUCAGAUCUUCUUCAAAAUAACACAUCACUUGAUACUCACCAGGAAUUAUUAAAAUCAUCUGAAAAUGUUGAAAAUGUUUCUGCUGUGACUGACUCUGGUCUUCUUCUGCAAGAUGUUGUUUUAGUUGGUUCAGGAGAGACUGAAGCAGUUUCUGAGGAACCUGAAAUUAGCAAUACUUCAGAAAAUUCUCAAAGAGAUUCAUCAUCAACAUUAAAUCUACUUGCUCACAAGCGAAAAAUGGGCUCAACCCGUAGACCGCUCAGAGGAAACACAGGGCAACAAAAAGACAGAGAACAAGAUGAUGAAAAUGAAACACUUAACAGCGAAAGUUUGAUCAAUGAGGAUAAAUCCACUGAAGAGAGGCUCUGUGAUAUCACAGAAUCACAAACUACCACACAAUGUUAUGCAGAGUCUCAGGAAACUGCAGGAGAUGUUGCAAGUUUACCAAUAGGGGGAGACAAAGAAGCACAUUUGGAAAUUCAAACAGACAUCAACAUGUUUGACUCAACAAUUAUUGAAGAAGGAACAGAAGGAAACAUCUGUAAUGAUGAUGUUCUCACGAGACAUGUUGAGUUUGUUGGAGAUACAGUUACAGAAGAGAGUAAUAUGACUAUUGAGUCAGAUCUUCUUCAAAAUAACACAUCACUGAUACACACCAGGAAGCAUUAA